ACCGUUCUUCCUACAUCUGGGCACAUAUCUGUAGUGUGUCAAAUACAGGUUUUAUCUGCAUUCGGUGGAUUCUAGGGUAUUUCGGUUUAUUUGUCCCCAGAUUUAUUUUUCUAUAAAUUGGUUCAAUUUUAUCCAUUCUAACACAAGCAUCACCUAACCAAAUUUGAUUUUAUCACACGAAUCGAAUAGAGAUGAAUGGUGUUUUUCAUGAUGUUUCCGAGCUUCGUUCUGGAAAGGAGCAGUGGAGGAUUAUGGUGAAGGUCAUUCGUAUUUGGUAUAGUAAAGGAUUUGCCUCAUCGAAGCUUCCCCUCUCCCUUGAGUGUGUUUUGAUUGAUGACAAGGGUAACAAGAUCCAUGCGAAUAUCAAAAAGACUUUGAUGUACAAGUUCGAAAAGUUAUUAGUUGAGGGUAAUGUCUACAGUCUGUCUGGGUUUGUUCUGGUUGAUAAUACUGGGGACUACAAGACCACUAGACACAACUAUAAGAUAUGCUUCAUGUUCAAAACUGAAGUGCGCCCUAUGAACCAGUUUACCAUGGAUGUGUUUCCGUACACAUUUGUAUCAUUUCCCCAGAUUUUGUCACCCGAUUAUGAUGGAAAUUAUUUAGUAGAUGUGAUCGGUAUCUUAACUGGAGUUGGGGUUGAGAGGGAAAUUGUUACCAAUGGGAAGAAAUCUAAGAUGAAUGUAGUUGAGAUUGAUUCCGAAGGGAUGAGGAUUGAAUGUGCCCUGUUCGGAGUCUAUGUUGAUGAGCUUACAAAUUUCCUUGGUGGUGGUGAACUGAAUUACCCUGUAGUUAUCAUUCAGUUUGCGAAGGUGAAAUCAUUUCAGGGGAAUAAUAGUUUUCAAAAUGUGCAUGGUGCUACAAAGAUAUUGUUUGAUCCUGUGUUUCCCGCAUCUGAAGAGUUGAAGAGAAGGUCUCUUAGUCAGUUGACUGAUUCUAAAACUGUGUCUGGUGAGGAUGAUUUUUUGGUGCUGACUGCUAGGAAGACGAUUGCCGCUUUGAAGGAUUUGAAAAAGGAUUGUGUUUGUAUUUUGUAUGCCACCAUUUGCCCUGUAGAAGAAGAUGUUGAGUGGUGGUAUACCGCAUGUAGGUGCAACCGGAAGGUUUAUGCUGAUGAAAAAAUGUACUUCUGCGAGGGUUGUAAUCGUCAUGUGCUUGCUGUAUAUCCUAGGUAUCGGUUGCAGUUAAGGGUGGAAGACGAUUCUGGUUGUUGCAAUUUGGUUCUAUUUGACAAGGAGGCUUCCUAUUUGGUUGGGAAAUCAUGCACUGAAGUUGUUGAAUCCUUUGAGAAGGGUGAAGGCCCUAAUGAGGUUCCUGAUGAAUUUGCAAGAUUCAUUGGCACUGAUGCCCUGUUCAAGAUAGAGGUUAAGAAUUAUCACGGCCAAAGGUUUGAGCGUUCCCGUUUUGAAUCAUCCUACCGUGUUAAGCGUGUGUGUACCGAUGAAGCCAUUAUACAAAAGUUCCAAUCUUUGCAGUUAGAACAAACUGUUGGCGCUUCUUCCAGUCGCAUGCCUGUUACACCGCAGUCUAUUAUGAAGCAUGAAGAUGUAGCCAAGGAUCUGAUGGAUGAAUUUGUGGUUGCAUCUGGUGACAAGUCUCCUGAAACUCCUUUAUGUGUCACAUCUCCCACUAUUGAUCUGGCUGGAGAUACUCAGGACAUUAUUAAUUCCAAGAGAAGUUCUUCAGCAGAUGAGGAAGAGGUCCCGAAUGUGAUUGCAAGUAAGAAGAAGGGUCAGCCUAAGAUGAAGAAGGACAAGAAGUGAUAGAUCAUUUUAAUAUAAAGGAGUGGCAGUGUUUUGUUAGUCUACGUCUUCAAUUGUGUAGUUGUGAAGAAGCAGCCCGGUGUUGCAGUUUGUGGUAUUGUACUUCAUUAUGUGUUAUUUUGAACUAAGUUGCUGUAAACAAUGGCCAUAGGGUGGUAGAUCGUUUGGGUUAUUGCUUGGUCUAUGUUUCUAAAUAAGAUGCUGAGUAGCAUACUCCUUGAGUUGCUCUGGUUUGUGUUUAGUUAAGCUAGAUAAUGAACGUUGUGUUUAAUUAGCACUUUUCUGUUGCUAUAUAUGAUCAUUGCAAUAUGUUGUAUUAUGUCUUAUGUAAUGACACUCUCAAUAUAUAUAUUGAAGUUCUAAUAUUGGUGUA